AUGUCACAACGUUUUCAAGUAACGAAAUGGCUUUGGUUCCUUAUAGCUAUAUAUUCAGGACCAACACUAAGUCCAGUAAGAUGUGUAUCAGUAAAAACCCCACCGAAAACCCCAUCUACAGUUGAGGCUCAAGCUAAAUUUUUCCAGGAUUUUUUCUCAGUACAGUUGAGUCCGUACAAGAUAGAGUUCGGUCACGUAUGCGAGGACCCUAACACAUGGGAGCAGCGGUAUGAGAAGAAAGACUAUAAGAACCACAGGGAUAUGGGAAAAGUUCGAUGGGGAGAUAAAAAAGGGGGAUACGGCGAACAUUAUUGGGAUUUGAAUCAUGCAGGCCACGCUGGAAACCAUGGCGGUGACGAUUAUAGUGGCAACAAUCACUCCGAUGACGGCUCGUACCAUGAUCAUGACGAUAGCUCUCCUAGCACCAAUUACGAAGGCCCCAGUGAUCACUCAUACGGUACCGAUGACUAUGAUCCAGAGAAAUCCAGUUACGAAGAAAACGGCCGAGCAAAGAGGGCUUACCCUAAAAUAAAAGCCGAAAGAACACAAAAAAUUCAACAGCAAGAUGAAGAUGAGCAAGAAGAAGAAGAAGUACGGCCUAGAAAUCGUAAACACAAACAACAGCAAGAAAUAGCACAUGAUGAAGAUAGUGACUCAGAGGAUGAAGAAAACGAACACGAAGAGGUCGAGGAAAAGGUUUAUAAGAAAUCUAAACGUCCCCAACACAGACAAAAGCAAGACAACGUUGAAGAUAAUCCUGAAACACCUCCUAAAGAACCAAAGAAAAAAGUAGUCCUCGUCGUACAAGAGAAAGAAAACCAAGUGAAGAAUCAAUAUGUUCCGAGCGUACCCACUAGGCAGUUGGAUUAUACUAAGUACGUCCCAUAUGAGGGUGGUGCGGGAGUGAGACAGCACCAUCAUCCUGAAGUGGUGGCUGCAGCUUCUGUACCGAGAUUGUUCUUAGAACCGACUACUGGUCACGUCGUGGACCGAGCGACGGGUCAGGCUUACGUACUGCAGCCUAUUGCUGCUCUCGGAUACAAUUAGAAAGUUCCAGCGAACUACUUUAGCUUUUAGUUACGUUAUAGUUAUUUAUUUUUUUAAUUAAAGAACUGUUCAUUUGUUAUUUGUUGUUUCUUUAUAAGUCUCUCAAUAUUACCGAUAAGUGUAUCUCGUCCCUGGUGAUUCUGAUAGUUGUAUUAAAAUGAGCCUUUUUACUGAAUUUUGGUGCCUUACUUAUAUUACAACAAUUAUUUUUAUGAGACGCCUAUUUUUUAUUUUAAAAUAUAUUAUUGCUAAAUGCUAGACCACAGUCCUACUGCUGGAAUACUUAUCUAUAAAAAAUCAUUAUUUACAUAACAAAGAUACAAAUGUAUAUCACAUUAUUAUUUAUCUACGUAAACUAUAGAGUAGGUAAGAAACUACAGUUAACAUAAACAAUCACUAUGAACAGUAUUCCAAACAAUUUAAUAAAAACUAUAAAGACACAUUUUAAUAAAAAUAUAAAAAAAUAUACUUGUAUAAUAUUUUUGAACAUUCUACUUGACGGACAAACAAAUAAAAAUUAGUCGUCAUCCCUAUUUGUACAUCAUCGAAAAUAAUCGAUUACCUACCAUAACUUAUUUGUAUAAGACCUUCUUAAUAUAUUAAUCUUUCUCAUGAUUUAAGUAAGUAGAUAGGUACUGUGUACGAAAUAGAGAUCGCAUAUUAUAGAGUCGAAGGCGGCAGACUUUUCUAUCAAAUGGUUUAUUUAAUUACUUUUUGUAAUAAUUUCCAGUUAACAGGUUUUACCAGCAUCAGUGCGGUGUAUGUGUGCGAUGGUUGGUUGGAUGGUGUAUGGUUGUAAACGAAAAAUUCUAAAAUACCCUCUUUCUUUCACCUUUAACGCGAAAAACAAAUAAAUAUUUAUUAAUAAUGCUAAGCUACAGUAAUGUUUUUUUCUUGCUGUUAUUAACGUAACCUAUUUCAAUUUAAUGGUCAGCGA